AUGUUUCUCUCAACAGAUCAGCACCAAAAGCCUGACGCCCUCAUCUUUGAGGCAAAUGGUAAUGGGGGUCACAGAGUGACUGAUGAAGAUGAUACUUCAACAGCCGUCGAGUCAUCUGUUCCCACACACCCUCUUGGGAUCAAGCCUCUAGGCAACAAGUACUUCCACACUGGCACCGAUGCCCGUGUCAAUUUGGGCGAUCUGCAAGUCUUGCCCGAUGAGAUGCUUGCCCAGCUCCUUGAGUAUCUGGACAAGCGUACCUUGAGGCUUCUAGGCUAUGCCUGCAAAUUUCUCUAUGCUCAAUGUAGCUAUGAUGACCUCUGGAAAACCAUCUUCUUAGAGUCUGAACUCAAGAACAAGACGUCUUUUCAAUGGCAGGGCUCUUGGAGGGCAACUGUUCUCGGCCUCUCACCCGACAAGCGUAUCAAGAUCGACUGCAGCAACGUCUUCUCUGAUGUCUUGCAUCGUCCGUUUGUCUGCAGUCACAUCUCGUUGCCCAAGUACACGAGAAACAUCCCGCCAGCCAACAAAAUUCCUAGUCUUGACGACCUGACGUACGAUGAGUUUGCAGAGAAAUGGAGCAAGAAGCCCUUUAUUCUGACCAGGUGUAUCAAGUCGUGGCCCGUCCUCAAAUCCUGGAAUAUGGAUAAACUACAUGAGAUGUAUUCAGAUGUGGUUUUCCGAGCCGAGGCGGUAGACUGGUCCUUCGCCACAUACCAUCAGUACAUGAUGGACAGCCAGGAAGAAAGUCCCCUUUACUUGUUCGACAAGAAGUUCGUCGAAAAGAUGAAGAUCGAGGUUGGCAAGACCAAGGAUGCCGCUUACUGGAAUCCGGACUGCUUCGGAAAGGACCUCUUCGAGCUACUCGGUGCUGAGCGGCCGGCGCAUCGCUGGAUGAUAAUCGGGCCUGAGCGGAGCGGCUCUACCUUUCACAAGGACCCGAACGCGACGAGCGCCUGGAAUGCGGUCAUUCAGGGAGCCAAGUAUUGGAUCAUGUUCCCGCCAUCGGCCCAGGUUCCCGGCGUCUAUGUCUCCGAAGACCAGAGCGAAGUCACCAGUCCUCUCAGUAUUGCCGAGUGGCUCCUCGAAUUCCACGCAGAGGCCCGAAGGCUGCCCGAAUGCAGAGAGGGCAUUUGCCACGCAGGCGAAAUCCUCCACGUUCCCAGUGGCUGGUGGCAUUUAGUCGUGAACAUUGAGCCCGGCAUCGCACUCACUCAGAACUUUGUGCCAAAGGCACACCUGUCGGAUGUGCUUUCCUUCUUAAAAUACAAGGCUGAUCAGAUUUCGGGGUUCAAGAAAGAGGUCGAGGACCCAUACACGCUCUUUGUUGAGCGCUUGCGGGUCGAGUAUCCUGAGCUGUUAGAGGAGGCUGUGAAGCAGAUGGAGGAAAAACAGGGAAACAAGAAAAGGAGAUGGGAUCAAGUGGUUGGCCAUGACAGCACCGCUGGUGGACCAGAGCACAAGAAGGGCGGUGGUUUUUCCUUUGGUUUUGGCCUUGGCGAUGAUAUUGAGGGGGAGGAGGAUGAGAUCCCCUAAAAAGGAUAGACGGGGAUCGAAACGGAAAUCUGAUGGCUCUUUUUCCACUAGAUAGAAGACAUCACGUUGCCAUGCGUAUAUAUACGUACGCAUCUAAACGUACUUGUCAGGUCUUCAAAAUCGACCGUCUGACUAGUGGCUCUGAAGACCAGACGAGUAGACCCUUUAGCGAAACAUCACAACAUAUAGUACU